UGUUGUUAACUAACCCGAGGUACAGAUUUUGGGAGAAACGAAUUGUAAGUUUCAUUUUUCAAAUGGCCCUAAUUCCUUUUCUCAAGUGGGAAAUAUUUUUCAAGGUAGAUUGAACAACAUGUUGGGAUUAUUCACAGCGCAGUUCCUCCUACACUACAUUUAUCCGCAUUUAUUACAAUAUUGAUGUUUAGUCUUAGUAAUUCAUCAGUUUAGAAGAGGUCGACAUUUUAUUGUUGCAGAUUUGUUUUUCUUAUCUCUGAACGGUUUGAUCUGGGGUCUUAGUUUUAUUGGUUUAGUCUCAUUAACUCUUGCUAAGUUGUAUUUUAUUUAUUUAUUAAACAAAUUUUUUUAAAUGUUUAUUUAUUCUUGAGAGAGAAAGAGAGACAGAGUGUGAGUGGGGUAAGAUCAGAGAGAGAAGGAGACACAGAAUCCGAAGCAGGUUCCAGGCUCUGAGCUGUCAGCAUAGAGCCUGACACAGGGCUGGAACUCACAAGACAUUAGAUCAUGAUGUGAGUUGAAGUCAGAUGCCUAACCGACUGAACCAACCAGGUGCCCCUUGCUGAGUUGUAUUUUAAUACUUCAAAGUAUAAAAUGUUUACUGAUGCAAUUGAUAAAUCCUUUUAUGUAGGUCAUGGCAUGGUUUAGGAAAAAUGAACAUAGUUUGUGGGUUAUCAUAAGGGACGAUGACUGGAGUGAAAAUAGGACGGGCAACUUUGAAUCUGACAGGGUAAAUUGGAUCUGUCCAAUGGAAGGUCGAUAGUAAAGGGGGGAAGCAAAACAAUGGUAUGUGGAAAAUGUGAAGAUGACAGGAAAAGUUCUGUUAUAACAGUAAUUACUGUAAAUAUGUCUUCAAUUCUUGCUCAAAAUACAGUUUUCUCAGUUUGGUUUAACAAAAAUAGGCAAGAUCCAUCAGUGUUAGUCUACAAGAGACUUAGAUAAACCAAAAAGAUAAAUGCAGGUUGAAAUGGAAAAAAAGAAAAGAAAAGAUGUGCUAAACAAUUAGAAACUAAAAAUGCCAGGGUGGCAAUUUGUAUAUCAUACCAAAUAGAAUCGAAGGCAAAAAAAGACCUUAAGUUUCAAGGGGGAUGUUAUUUGCUGUCACAAGGAACAAUGGACCAGGAAGACGUGAGCUUACAUGCAAUUGACAAAAUAGCCUUAAAGUGGAUAAAGUCAUAACUGAUCACCCGGGGCUCGAUCUGAGAGAGAGAACCGUAGAGGGGGAGUGCAGCUAGGGUUCACUGUAUGGAUUAAGCCUUAAAUAAUUGUGGGAGCUCGCAGAGAAGUCUGAACAGAUGUCAGCAAGUCUGUUUGAUGUUUGUCUGUUGACAGCUCUCAACUCUCACAUCCUCUUUCCACGUCUGCCCCACGCAGGCUGAUGAAAGCCUGCCCCUCCCUCCGCGCUGACCUGAAGUUGAAACCACGCAAGCCCCGCACACCCGCUAACCCCAGUAAAAGCAGGGCCACUCACUCCUAUCCCCUCUCAGCCACAAGAGCCACUUCCUCCCAGCUGGGGCACUGCCCUCCUCUCCCCAAAAAGUAUGUUCACACACUCUUGGUGCAGGCGUGGCAUCUUCAGCCUCCACCUCUGAUGGUAGCUAGGGUGGGGUCCGUCCCCACUCCGCAGGGGGACACAACAGCAAGGCUGUAACCUUGGCCUGAGUAUUAAGCCUGGGGUUGUUGUGGUUCACCCCUGCCAGCUGUGGGGAAGGGGAGCUGAGCAAGCAAUGAAGAGCGGAGAGACGCUGGAACCUACAAAGACAAACUGGAACCCCCGUCCGUCUUCCACUCCUCCCAGCCCUGUAGUGUAGCCGCCCCUAUUGCCGCCGAGUUGCACACUCCUGACCCGGGCCCCCCAAGAAGCGGAGGAUAUGCAGCCGAAGGCGGGGGUUGCCGCGGUCCUGCCCUGCGUCUGCGGGUCGAGCCGUCAGAUCCUCAGCGUGCGUGAGCUGAGUAGAACUUCUGGCAGCUUCAGAGCACGAAGAAAUGGUUGCUGCUUCUCUUUGGCCUUCCAGAUCUCACGCGGAGGUUUGUCGGGGCCAGCCCCAAGCUGGAGGCGCACAUGGAAGGGACUUCUAGGACAGUUCCCACUCAGCUGAGUUGAUGUGGUACAAGGGCCGCCUCCCAAUCUGGGGAAGACCAGGCGGCCCCACUGUUGUAGCUGGAGCAUUUGCCACGCCGCUCCGAGAGACUGGAGAUGAAGGAGGCAGGAAGACACAAGAUUCGAAGGACACGAUGAAUGGGAACUAAUAGCAAUCCAUAGCUUUACACCCAAAGGGAAAACAAGAUCUUUGGUGUACGUGGAACAUUUACAACAACUGACCACAUCCUGUGUCCCCAAAGAAGUAAGAAGUCCUAGCGAUCUGUGCUCUGACCACAAUGCAGUGAUGCUGGGAGUCACGGAUAAAAAGGAGAGCUGAAAUCAUCCCACACACAUGAGAACUAAAUGCAUACAAUAAACAACCAUUAGGUUCAAGAGGAAAUUGUAAAGAAAAACAUCCAAUACUUCGAACUGAUGGACAGCGAGAACACGACACAUCAAAGUGUGUGGAACACUGCUGAACUAGUGCUUGAAGGGAAAUUGAUAGGGUUAAGUACGUUUCCGAGAAAACAAAGACUAGAAUUAAAUGGAAUAGGACUUCAACUCAAUAAGAAGGAAAAGGAGCAACAAAGCAAAUCUAGGGAUAUGUGGAAGAAGGAAAUAGUAAAGAUAAAAGGACAAGUUAGCGAUACAGAGACUGACAACCACCACAGAAAAUAAAAGGAAGUUUAACAAAAGUAAACGCUCAUCCUUAGAGGAGUAGAGAGAUAUUUCCGCCAAGAUUGAUUUAAAAAAAGAAGAUGCAUAUACAGAUAUGGAAUGAUAAAAAGGAAAAUAACUAUUAAUAGCAGUAAUGCAGUUUUUGAAAAUUAAUGACAGUAUGAUAGUUUAGACAAAGUGGAUAAAAAUCUAGAUAAGUAGGAAAAUACCAAAUUGAGGCAAGAAAAGUGGAGAACUUGAAUAAACAUCGAAGAAAUUAAAACAACUUACAAAGAUCACUUCAAAAAAGCCCCAGGUCCAGAUGGUUUUAUAGGUGCAUUUUGCCAAAUGUUCAAAGGACAGACAGUCCCCAUACUAGAUGAGUUUUUAUAGGAUAUAAUAGAGAAGCUGCUCACCUUGCCGGCAAAACUGAUAAUGAUAGUGCAUGGGGGAGAAAGGCCAUUUGAUAUAUGACCAUGUGAGCAUCCUAACUAAGGUAAUAGCUACCUGAACCUAACAGUAGUAGACGACAGUGCAUUGUGGAUGCAGCGUGUUUAUUCCAGAAUGCAAGAAUAUUCUUAACAUCCAAAUCUCCAUCACUAUAUCAAUUGAAAUUGAAACUCCUACCCAGAUAUCGUUAGUCGAUGAAGCAUCAGGUGAGGUUUUUAUUUCAGGGCAAUAAUGGAACGGUCUUGUACACGGGAGACUUCCGAUUGGCACAGGGGGAAGCUGCCAGAAUGGAGCUCCUGCAUUCUGGGGGCAGAGUGAAAGACAUCCAAAGUGUAUACCUAGAUACUACUUUCUGUGAUCCGAAAUUUUACCAGAUUCCUAGUCGAGAGGAGUGUCUGAGCGGAAUAUUAGAGCUGGUUCGCAGCUGGAUCACUCGGAGUCCGUACCAUGUCGUGUGGCUGAACUGCAAAGCAGCUUACGGGUAUGAGUAUCUGUUCACCCACCUGAGCGAGGAAUUUGGAAUCCAGGUUCACGUGGACAAAUUAGACAUGUUUAGGAACAUGCCCGACAUUCUUCAUCACCUCACAACAGACCGGAAUACUCAGAUCCAUGCCUGUCGCCAUCCGAAGGCAGAAGAAUAUUUUCAUUGGAAUAAAUUACCCUGUGGAAAUAUUUCCAAAAAUAGAAUUCCACUCCACACAAUCAGCAUUAAGCCAUCCACUAUGUGGUUUGGAGAAAGGACCAGAAAAACAAAUGUAAUUGUGAGGACUGGAGAGAGUUCAUACAGAGCUUGUUUUUCUUUUCACUCUUCCUACAGUGAGGUUAAAGAUUUCUUGAGCUACAUCUGUCCUGUGAAUGUGUAUCCCAAUGUCAUUCCAAUAGGCACAACUAUGGAUAAAGUUGUAGAAAUCUUAAAGCCUUUAUGCCGAUCUUCCCAAAGUACUGAGCCAAAGUAUAAACCACUUGGAAAAUUGAAGAGAGCUAGAAAAACUCACCUAGACUCAGAGGAGGAAGAUGACCUCUUUGAUGAUCCUGUGCCGUUACCGCUAAGGCACAAGGUUCCAUACCAGCUAACUCUUCACCCUGACGUGUAUCUGAUGACUGCAGCUUCCCCAAGCCAGCCUGAGCAAGAGAGACAAAGCACAGGGUACAAAGAGAGUAUGCAUACCUUUCCUUUGGCAAACUUUAUAGAAUGUGAAGAAUCCAACAGCGAAGGUGAAGAAGAAUUACAAACCCCAGCUUCAUCUCAAGAAGACCUGGGUGCUGUCACACAUCACCAGCAAAAGGCUGAUGUAGAAGUACCACAGUGGGAAGUGUUCUUUAAAAGAAAUGAUGAAAUCACAGAUGACAGUUUGGAAAACCUCCCUUCUUCCACAGAGGCAGGGGGCUCUCAGUCGCCAAAGAUUUUUAGUGACUCUGAUGGAGAGUCAACUCACAUCUCUUCCCAGAAUUCUUCUCAGUCAACACACAUAUCCGAACAAGGGAGUCAAGGCUGGGACAGCCAAUCGGACACUGUUUUGUUAUCAUCCCAAGAGAGAAACAGUGGGGAUAUUACCUUCUUGAACAAAGGCAGCUAUAGACCAAGAAUCAAAGAGAAUAUUCCUGCCUCUCAGAUGGAACAAAAUGUACUUUGCCCAAAGGAUACUUAUUCUGACUUGAAAAGCAGAAAUCAAGAUGCAAAUAUGGCUCCUAGUGUUGGAGAAAUAACCACUCUAAGCAGUGGGAAACACAUACCUCAGGAAAAAAGGCUACUAAAUUUUAGCACCAAUGCAGAUUCCCAGAGCUCCUCUGAUUUUGAAAUUCCCUCCACACCAGAAGCUGAGCUACCUAAAGGAGAGCAUUUACAGUAUUUAUAUGAGAAGCUGGCAACAGGGGAGAAUAUAGUCACUGAAAAAAGAAAAAGCUCAUUCUCAGAUACUUAAAAAUGAAAAACCUUGCAUUCUAGAGCAACCAGUAGAAAACCUACACAAAGAGGUAAUGGUCAGAAUCAUAAUGGACACGUCAGAAUGGAAUAUUUAAAAAUGUUCAUGUAACCUAAAACAAGGCAGUAAAGGGGAAAAAGAACAAAAAAUAGAGGUAAAAAGCAGAAAAUAAGGUAGAACUAAAUCCAAACAUCAAUAAUUACGUUAAGUGAAAGUGGUCAACACACACCAGAAAAAACCCAGGGAAAGAAACAGAACGUUUUUAUAUGCUGUCUCUAAGAAACUCAAUUCAAAUGAUGCAGGCAGGUUAAAAGUAAAGCCUGGAAAAAUAUAUCUAAAUACUUCCACUACUUAAAGCUGGAACGACUAUAUUACCAUCAGACAAAUUUCUCACAAAAGGUCCAGUUCACUAAGAAGACACAAUCCUACGUGAGUAUGUUGCUGCAACAGCUUCAAAAGAGAGAAAGCAAAACCAAAGGAGAAACACUAAUGCACAGUCGAGCUGGGAACUCUACCUGUUCCUCUAUCGGUAAUAGAAUUAGCACACAGGAAGUGAGCAAGGCUAUGGAAGAACUCCAUGGCACCAUUAACCAACUGCAACUGACACAGAACACUCCACCCAACAGAGAAUGUUCUCAAGCGCCAUGGCACAUUCACCCUGAUAGAUGGCUGCAUCCUGGGUCAUAAAAACUCUUAAAAACAAUCAGCCCCUUAUUUAUUUCAAAAGCUCACUUCUGAAUGCUGGUUUGAACACAAAGGUAAAAUGAAAAGGAGAGAAAUUAGGACCCAAAAGAAAAGAAUGAAAUGGCAAAAAUGUAAGUGUGUUCUAGUUGUUGGAUUUCCUUAAAGUCUGUUAAUGGAUUAUGUUUUUGUACAGCUAUAUAUGUGGUUUAAUAAAGUUCUAUUAAAUACUCUUCA